GCUCUAUCUGUGUGUUUUGGUUUAAAUUCCUCUGUGGCAACCAGUAAACAACGCAGGAAAGCUGGGAUCUAAACAACGGCUGCUCCAACAUGGAUGAAAGUGUCCAUGAACGCAGCAAAGCUCUGCUGUCAAACGCUCCCUACCACAUCCCAGGGUAUACAGGGCACUGCCCUGGGCUCAGGUUCAGCUCAGGCAAGCCUUUCGGAAAGCUCACAGCUGAGGUGCUGUGUCAGAAGAAGCACCCAGAGUCUGACACAUCCCGUUUGCCAGUAAGCAUCCCUGAUGACGUCUUGAAGAAGACAAUACCAGGAUACUCAGGUUUCAUUCCAAGAAGUAAAAACUACUUUGGCUGCAACUAUUCUGAAACCUAUCGGAAAGCAAUGACUGAAGUUUAUUUGGAAAACCAGGCGAGACUCCAGCAGCGAUCAGUGCACCUUCCUGUCAUCACCAGCUGCAGCAGCCAACAACCCAACAGACCCAAACCACCACUGAUGGCAGUCUCGGACAACAUAUUCCUCUACAAGCCCUUGAAGCCCUUCAUGCCUUCAGGAAAUCCAUACCAAAUGGAUGAGGAUGACCCCCAGAAGUACUUCAUCUCAGGAUAUUCAGGACAUGUGCCAUUGUCCCAAUAUUUGUUUGGCAAAGGAUUUUCCAUCACCACCAACCAGGCACUAAUCGAGUAUGGGAGGCAACAGAGACGCUUUAAGACAGAAGACUGGGACACGACGACAAAUUUUCCUACGCUAUAUUCAUCCCACAGAGGAGUGGUGCCGGGAUUCAGUGGGCAUAUACCAGGGUACAGGUUCAUGUACGGGAAUACGACCGGUCAGCUCUCAGAGAUCGCAAUGGGAAAGAACAGCAGGAAAAGCACCGUUCAGGAAACGCCACAUUAAAAGCAAGAUAAUGCUGUAACAUGAGCAAACUCAAUCAGAUUAUCAGGAAGAAAAAUAAAAUGAAGGCAGCUAAAA